UCCAAAAGCUCCAUCCUGUUUCUAUUUCCCUGUCUCUGUUCUCUUCACCAUUCUCUUUCUUCUUUGUUUCAAGUUUCAACAACCCAGAUUCACUCUCUCUCUCGUAAUUUUCUCUCUUAUUGAGGCUAGAAAAAGAGAGCAAAAAAACUAAAAAAUGCCUGCGGUCGGAGGUAUAAACACCGGAGGGGGCAAGGAGUACCCUGGAAGCCUCACUCUAUUUGUGACGGUAACAUGUAUAGUUGCAGCCAUGGGUGGUUUAAUCUUCGGUUACGAUAUCGGAAUUUCAGGUGGAGUGACGUCCAUGGAUCCGUUUCUGCUCAAGUUUUUUCCGUCAGUGUUCCGGAAGAAAAACUCCGACAAAACGGUGAACCAGUACUGCCAAUACGACAGCCAGACACUGACGAUGUUCACGUCGUCCUUGUACCUCGCCGCUUUGCUGUCGUCGUUGGUUGCCGCCACCGUCACGCGUAAAUUCGGCCGGAAACUCUCCAUGCUUUUCGGAGGCUUGCUUUUCCUCGUCGGUGCCCUCAUCAACGGUUUCGCCCAACACGUUUGGAUGUUAAUCGUGGGUCGGAUCUUGCUCGGGUUCGGUAUCGGCUUCGCCAAUCAGUCUGUGCCACUCUACCUAUCUGAAAUGGCUCCAUACAAAUAUAGAGGAGCAUUGAACAUUGGCUUUCAGUUGUCCAUCACUGUUGGUAUCCUUGUGGCCAAUGUGUUGAACUAUUUCUUUGCUAAAAUCAAAGGUGGUUGGGGAUGGAGGUUGAGUUUGGGAGGUGCUAUGGUCCCUGCCCUUAUAAUCACAGUAGGAUCACUAGUCCUUCCAGACACUCCCAAUUCCAUGAUUGAAAGGGGUGAUCGCGAGAAGGCCAAGGCUCAGCUUCAGAGAAUUCGCGGCAUCGACAAUGUUGAUGAAGAGUUCAAUGACCUUGUGGCAGCAAGUGAAUCCUCUAGCCAAGUGGAGCACCCUUGGAGGAACUUGUUGCAAAGAAAGUACAGACCCCACCUCACCAUGGCAGUGUUGAUUCCAUUCUUCCAGCAACUCACUGGAAUCAAUGUCAUCAUGUUUUACGCGCCGGUCCUGUUCAGCUCCAUCGGGUUUAAGGAUGAUGCUGCUCUAAUGUCAGCUGUGAUCACCGGCGUUGUUAAUGUUGUCGCAACUUGUGUCUCAAUUUAUGGUGUUGACAAGUGGGGUAGGAGAGCCCUUUUCCUUGAAGGUGGAGUCCAAAUGCUCAUUUGCCAGGCUGUAGUUGCAGCUGCAAUUGGAGCAAAGUUUGGAACUGAUGGGAACCCAGGUGAUUUGCCAAAGUGGUAUGCAAUUGUUGUGGUUCUCUUCAUUUGCAUUUAUGUAUCAGCAUUUGCCUGGUCAUGGGGUCCCCUAGGUUGGUUGGUGCCUAGUGAGAUCUUUCCCUUGGAGAUUCGUUCGGCUGCUCAGAGUAUCAAUGUGUCGGUGAACAUGCUUUUCACUUUCUUGAUUGCACAAGUCUUCUUGACAAUGCUUUGCCACAUGAAGUUCGGCUUGUUCCUCUUCUUUGCCUUCUUCGUGUUGAUCAUGACAUUCUUCGUCUACUUCUUCUUGCCCGAAACAAAGGGCAUUCCAAUUGAAGAAAUGGGGCAGGUUUGGCAGGCACACCCCUUCUGGUCCAGAUUCGUGGAGCAUGAUGAUUAUGGCAAUGGUGUUGAGAUGGGAAAGGGAGCUAUUAAAGAAGUGUAGUUAGUCCUCGUCUUGGUUUAUUUUUCUCAAUGACUAGCGUUUUAGCUUUUGUUGGUAAAUCAUACUAUUGGUUUCAAUGUAUUGAAUUGUUCCUAAAAAUUAAAAAGGGUUAUUUUUCUUAUGUAUCCCCUGCUUCUUCAUAUGAAGCAAGUUUACAGGAUACUUUUCUAUAUUAAUCCAAUUGCACAAAUUGUUAUGCCUUUGAAAACAUCAAGUUGGAUGUACACUCAUACCUCAUAGACAUCCGAUUUCUUAUCCUUUA